CGAUCAUUAUUAAUUCGAUUAUCAAUGAAUGGUUGUUGAAUCUGAUUUAUAAAAUGUAAACGUAAAUUUGAUUCUAAUGGAUUUGUUCUCAGCAUUCAAUCAUGACUAUAUGCGAAAGAGAAUCAGUUAAAAUCAUGAUUUUUAUGCCUUUACUGUCGAUCAUAUUAUCGAUUAUACAUUCGACUUACGCUGAAAAUGGUGGUAGAUUAAAUGAAACAUGUAAUGACGAACGUAGCAAAAUCAUGAACAAAAAGAAAACUACGAAUCAUAUUCAUCAGUGUUGUAAUGAAAUUAUCAUGUGUUCAUGCAUGAAUAUGCAUUGUUUGAAUGAUACACAAUCAGUUUAUACUGAUUGGUGUAUACAAUUAAAAUCUAGUCCUUGUCAAAUUAGUGAUGAUUGUCAACAAUCGAUUACUUAUGAAUCAUGUAUCAAACUUCCUGAAAACAAUAUUUGGCCAUUUAUUCUAUUUAUCGUAUUGAUUGUAUUGGUCAUCAUUUCCAUCAUAAUAUUUUUUGUCACCAUAUUUUAUCAUAAAUUUUAUGUUUCAAAUCAAGAUCCAUAUUUAACGACAACAUCAAAAAGUCAUCAGAUCGAAUAUAAAGAAGAGAUGAUGUUAAUAAUAACUUCGAAACCUAAUUUACAUACAAUUCGUAAUAAUGGAAAGGAUAAUCCAUCCAUUACCGAUACAAAAUCGAAAAAACCUCAACAUAAUAGUAAUAAUAACAAAGCAAAAAAUAUGCACGACUCUGAUAGCAAUUGUAAACCUGAACAGGAAUCAACAAUAAAACUUAUCAAAGAAUCAAUCAAAAAUAUUAAUAAUGAUUUAAAAUAAAUUUUUAUUAAAAUUCAAUAAUUAUUCAAAUGAUUAUGAUUAAUCAUUAAACUGUAUUUGAAAUGAUCCAAUUUCGAAGAU